GGCGGCGGACUCGGUUUCCCAGCGUGCCCGCGGGGAGGGGGUGGCAUGGCGGGCAAGGAUGACACCGGAGUUCGACGAAGAAGUGGUGUUUGAGAAUUCCCCACUCUACCAAUAUCUGCAGGAUUUGGGACACACAGAUUUUGAAGUAUGUUCCUCAGUGUCGCAGAAGGCAGAGCAAUGUGCAGCAGCGGAAAGCCAAAGAGAGCAGACUGUGCAUGCUGCUCAGAAGCAAAGCAUCCUGUCAAAACUAGUUGAGUUUUUUAGAAGCUGGUUUCCUUUUCCACAGUACAAGAAAAAUGAUGACAUACUUCACCGACUGGAUGUCGGAUUUCGAUUUGACACGCUCCGUACCAUCCUGCAACAGGAAGUUCUGCUGCAGGAGGAUGUGGAACUGAUUGAAUUCCUUGACCCCAGUAUCCUGUCUGCAGGGCAGUGUAAGCAACAGGAAAACAGGCAGCUUCCAACGCUACGCUCCCUAGCAACUCCUAAUAUUUGGGAUGUCUCGCUGUUCCUUGCCUUUGUAAGUGCACUGCUUAUGUUUCCUUCGUGGUGGAAGGAAUCAUCAUGGCUGCUGUGCGGACCAGUGCUGCUUGUCUAUGCAGUUUUUAGAGUGUGGGGCACAUGGAGGACAGCCAAGCUGCAAAUGUCCCUGCGAAAAUACUGUAUCCAGCUGGAAGAAACAGUGGCGAAUAGCCGAGCUUUCACUAAUCUCGUGAGGAAAGCUCUGCGACUCAUUCAAGAGACCGAAGUAAUUUCCAGAGGAUUUACCCUUUUGCUUGACAGGGUCAGUGCCGCUUGCCCAUUUAAUAAAGCUGGACAGCAUCCUAGUCAGCACCUGAUUGGCCUCCGGAAAGCCGUGUAUCGAUCCGUCAGAGCCAACUUCCGAGCUGCAAGACUGGCUACUCUGUACAUGCUGAAAAACUACCCUCUGAACUCGGAGAGUGACAACGUGACCAGCUACAUCUGUGUGGUCCCCUUUAAGGAGCUCGGUUUGGGACUGAGUGAAGAGCAGGUCUCCGAAGAGGAGGCACACAAUCUGACUGAUGGCUUCAGCUUGCCUGCACUCAAGGUCCUCUUUCAGCUCUGGGUAGGGCAGAGUUCAGAAUUCUUCAGGAGGCUGGUGCUGCUGCUCUCCCCAGCCAACGCGUCCCCCAAGCCCUUGGUGUCCCCGGAGCGGCUGCCCCACCACAUCCUGUGCGAUGUGACCCAGGGCCUACCUCACACCCAUGCCGCCUGCUUGGAGGAGCUCAAGAGGAGCUACGAGUUCUAUCGCUACUUUGAAACUCAGCAUCAGUCGGGCUUGGAAUGGCCAGCCAGGACAAAGCCAAAGUCCAGAGAGCUGAACAGUCUCCAGACAGCAGUACGCAGCUUGCAGCUUCAUCUCAAGGCACUGCUCAAUGAGGUCAUAAUUCUUGAGGAUGAACUUGAAAAGCUUGUUAGCACUAAGGAGACACCCGAGUUGACAACAGAAGCCCAUCAGGUUCUGGAACAAAAACUAAAGUUCAUUCAGCCUCAUAUCCAGGCAAGCAACAGCUGCUGGGAAGAAGCCAUUUCUCAGGUGGAAAAAAUGAGUGGAAGAAAUCCAAAGAAAAAAGGCAAAAUUGAAGUUUCCUGUGACAACCUGCAGCAUACUACAGUACCUUUAACACAGCCUGCCAUAUACAUAGAAAACAAAGAUCCAAUCCCUGAAGAGCAGGAACUGGAAGCAUAUGUUGAUUAUUCAGAUACAGAUAAUGAAUAUAAAAGGGAAGAUUUUUACUGCUUUUCCCAAGAAGAAAUAGAGAGACAAGAGCGAGAGAGACAGGAAUCUAAGAGGGUGUUACAAGAAUUGAAAUCUGUACUGGGAUUUAAAGCUUCAGAAAUUGAAAGACAGAAGUGGAAACAGCUACUAUUCAGUGAACAUGCUGCAGUGAAACCCUUGUCUCCUGUAGAACCACUGAAGCUACUAAAUAAUGUGGAAUCACAUAUGAAUUCAGAUACAGAAAAGCAGGACUGCAUCCAAAGUUGUGAUAAAUCUGAAGAAAAAGACUCUAAUCCAGAAGUGAAUGCUGCUGAUAAAAGCAGGACAGAAUAUUUGUAUGAAGAUCCUGAGAUGGAGAAAAACAAAGACAGUACAGCAGAUGAAGAUGUUUCUAUGGGGGCUGAAAAAAGAAUGUAUUAUCAGUGUGAAGGGGAAGCUGAAGAACUCAAGCCAAGCAGUGUGGAUGGAGUAGAGGCUUCACAGCCUCCCUCUAAGGAUGCAUUACAUUCAAAAAUCAAGGAUAGGCUGGCCCAGCUCCACAUAUCAACAGAUUUUAACUUCACAUCUGGUCUGGCUGCACAAGUUGCUGCCAGGUCUUUCACUUUUACUACAAUGCAGGAAGAGACUUUUGGAGAUGAUGGGGAAGAGGAGGAGGAGGAGGAAGAAAAGACACAGGAGAAUGAAGACCUUGUGGAGAACUGUGAGAAUGAAGAGAGAGGCUCUGAAAGUGAAGCAAAAGUAUAAGCCUGAGCUGAACUUUAUUAAACCAACAGCAGGCAAUUUGAUGGGAAAAAAACUAAGGUGGGGGGGUUGAAGUUGAAAAUACUGGAUGGAAAAAAAGGAGACCUAAAUAUAAUACAUCAUGUUCCCUAAGACUGAUACACUAAAUAGGACUUCUAAAUAUAUUGAAAAUUUGCAGGUAAGAGAAGUUUAGGCUACAUCCAAGAAAUAGAUGGCUGUUCCCCUUUUAAGAUCCUAGUGAUGGGGGUUGGAAUUUACCUUUGUGUUUUCUGUUUUAUUUAUUUAUAUUUUAACAUAUUGUGGUUUUUUGUUUCUAAAAAGAAGGAAAAACAAUGUUUUGAUUUACAACAGACUCCAUUUUUUUGCUCUUUGAUUUUUUUGUCAUGGUAUCAAUGUUCGUUCCAACAAAAAAGCCAGAACAUUUCUUUUGGAAGAACCUGAACUGUUCCCUGUGAUCUUCCCUCACCACUUUCAUUUCACUUCUUGUGUCUGCAGCGUGUUGACUAAGCCACGAUAGGCAUUUGUGAUUCUGGAACUAGUGAUGUGGCACCCAGCUAAAACGUAGGAUUUUAAAUAAAAACUUGAAAGAGCUAGUAUUUGAUGUGUCCUGGGGUAUGGGACUGAGAUAGUAUAAAGUUAGUCAUGCUUCAUAUUAAGGUUUAUUUAGAAUUUUAUGAAGGGUUAAUAAAUGAUUUCUUCAAGUUGUAAUUCAUGUUAGAGAAAUGUGUUGUAAGUAAAUUUUAGGGAAGGUUAUAAGCACACCAGUAGAAAGUACUAUAGACAGCUAGAAGCUGUCUGUUGGAUUGACAGAGAUGAGAAGUAAACACCUAUUUAUUAAGCCAGCUAUUAAUUAUUUGUUAACCUUUUGUAAAUUGAACCUUAAUGUAAUCGUUUGAUUUGAUACAAUGAUCGAUUGUACAUUUUUGCUUAUGUCCCGAAGUAAUUUUCUUAACGGAAAUUAUCUGAGAGCUUAACAACAUACAGUAUUUUGUUUGAACACUGUACUUGCUUUUCUCUAAUGCUCUUUCACUUUUCCUUAGAUGACAACUUUAACCUGCAGGAUUAAGAAUCCAUGAGAGAACUACAGUUGUGUAUUUUGUUUCUUGUAACUUAGUUAACUGAUGAUGAAGUCUGGAUGUUUGGUAUGAGGUUAUGCAAGUUGCUUUUUUUCUCUGUGGUGGUGUUACAAGGAGCAGGAAACUGAUGCUCAUCUCACAGAGGAGCUGGAUAAUGGUUUCAUUUCACUCUCUUCCUUUUGCUCUCUGACACAAAAUGAAGUAAAGUUCCCAUGUCUCUAAUGGCAAGAGCACCACUUCUUUGUGUGGAAUACUCUACUUGGACCUGGAUACACUUCCAGGACAAAACACUACAUCAGUUACUUAGAGUAUUUAUUGGGUUUUGCAGAUUCUAUAGAGUAAAGGGUUUUUUAGAUGCUGGUGGUGCAGAGCAAUAUCUUUCCUCGGAUGCUGUCAUGGGAAGUGGGGAAGGUACUGCAGGUCAGCAGAUUAGGGUGGAACUCUUGACGGUAUGUCAGAAAACAAGUGCUUUCUUUCAACCUCCCUGUCCUCUAUUAGUGAUUUUGCAUGAACACUGUGAAAUAUGUGGACUUUUUCACAGAUGGCAAAGAGGGAAAUACCAAUUGAUAGGGAAGGGAGUAUGACUUACAGUGUUCUUUCACUGUAUGAUGCCUGUCUUCUCCCUCACACACCGGUUUUGGGAAGAGAAUGUUUUGCCGUUUUUCAUUGACCAGUAACACUGUGUUCUGUGCCCUUUAUUUUGUGUAUGUGACUGGAAGCUGAGUGGCUGAUGUCUUGAGGAGGUUGUAGAAAAAAAAUCAGAUGCUUUUCAUAGUGUAUUCAGAAGAUAAGCUUCCUCUUAGUGGUAGAGUAUAUUCUUCUGUAACCUGUAAAGAUUAGGCUAAGAUGAUGAAACACUUUUAUUUUCUCUGUGGUAAGCAAUUUUUUUUACCAAGUCUAGAACAGCUGCUUUGGAUAGAUUGUGUUUGAAGCAUUGGCCAUGCUUCUGAAAAAGUAGUCUUCCUCAUUCUUGACUUGAGAUCCUUGAGUUCACAAAGUGCCCAGAUAUUUUUUUGUUCCUAGAUAAAUGUUCUGACAGCCUAAAUGUAUCUUCCAUUAAUAUUUUUCCAUGAACUCAUCCACCAUCAUCUCACGGUCUGAUAUUGUGUAUCCCAGAAAGGGUACUCCUGAACUUUUUCUAUGGGAUCCAAAUAAUAGUUUACAGCGUGUAUGGCUAUGAUACCAACUUGGAAAGAUGAUCACAUUUAGGAUAUGAAUUAUCACUGUGCUCAGUUUUAGAUGAAGUCAAGUAGUAGCCUGAGUUGCAUUGGUACUGAAAUUGGUGACAGAUCUCACAUUUAUAAAAGCUGCUAUCACUUUAUUCCUUUGCUGCAGGCCUUAGUAAAAAUCCUGGAGAAUCUUCUGUGGUGGCUCACUUGGGACCUAAUUUUAUCAUCGGCUGGUCUUGGUAAUGAAACUGGCCUAAAAAACCUCAUCCACCAUGCGUUGUUCAUUUUCAUCCAUCAGCUGUGUCAGCACGGGUUUUUGUGGCCAUGUUAUAAACCAGUUCAUGAGUCCGCCUGGGUCAAAAAUUCACCCUUUUUAGGCCUUUUUGCUUUUCACUAUUCUUACUGCAGCGAUGCAGUAACAGCAGCUAUCUCCAAACAGCUGUAUCAGCAUGUACCAUGUUGCUGGCCUGAGACUCAGGAUUGCCCAUGUCUACAUUAUUGCCAAAGAUGGUGUAGUGUGAUAUUACAGCUUGACAUUAGACGUGGCUAUGAUCAAACAAUGACUUUUUGGAGGAAGUCCUGAUCCUACUUUGAACAAACAGAUUUUCUACAAGCAAUUUAACUGAUUUUCAUGGUCUUACUUAAUGCAGUAUUAGAAGUUGCCACGUAUGAACACCUGGACUCACUUGUUUUCUCUGCCUCUCAUCACUUCUGUAUAAAACAGCCAUCAGGUCAUUUAUUUUGAUCUAUUUAAUAUUCUCCUUGAAGAAAAAAUAUUGCUAACAGAGUACACAGCUCAAAGCCUGACUUCUCUUGAUUUGAUAACCAGGUUCCAUCUAUGUAUGUCAUACACUCUGUUAUGAUCCCAAUUUCCUCAUAAUUAUGUCAUUUGAAAUGACUAUAUAUACAUGCUGUAGGUUCCUUCAGGAACCUGACAGAUCUCUUGGCAUAAUUUAUUGCUGCAUUUAAAAUAAUGUUUAUGAACACACCGAAGUGUGCAUUAGCUCUAAUGAGUUGUCUUAAUAUAUUGAGCAUGUCAAGGUCUGAGUGCUGUUCUGUGUUGUUUGGCUCAUUACCUGAGAUAGGGAUUUUUGUGAAAACAGAACAUUUGCUUCUUAGAGCUUUGUAACUUUUGGAGACAUUUAGCAGGAAGUCCAUACUAAAUUAUGGGUUAUGAUGAGGAAUAUCAGCAGCCAAAAUCCUUUGUGAAGAGCAGAAAUAACAAUAAAUGCAUUUUCCCUAUCCCAUUUCCAAUUAGCAGUUCUGUGAAGUAAAGAAACAAGUAAUUAUAUAGGGUUAAAUAAUUUCUUCUCCUUCUGUCCUACCUGGAAAGCACUCCAAAGACAGUAUUUGCUUCUUGGAUUGGAUUGCAAUGUAACACUACAUCUUUUAUAUCGCUUCACUUUACAGCUAAAGAUCUAGGUAAAGGCUUAAAUCUAGGCAAAGAUCUGUGAUAAGAAGGUAACUUGUCCCUGUUGUUAAGUGUAUGUAUUUAUGACAGAAAUUAAACAGUUGUGUAAUGGAAGCAAAUGUAGAGACUUACAGAUAAUAGAGCAUCUUUCAAAUGCAAUUAAAUGUGCCUCUGUCAACUACAGGCAAGAUUUGCAAAUGUGAGGGCUUCUGCCAUCAGUCAUAGCAAUGAGACAGUUUUACUCCCAGCAGAGGAUUGCUGGACAUCACUGAAUCUUGUACAUAGUUUUUUAAAUGCAAUAUGGAAACAUGUAGAGUAGCCAGUUUUAUUCAGAUUUCAGACUUCGUCCCAAGCACACCUGUCUCUGUGUGACUGUUUGUUACAAUAUUGGAAAUUUUAUGUUUCUCAGAAGUGUAAAAUUUGCAACUUUCUCAUUAAUUUGUUUGGUAAUAAAAAACCAGUUAUAUGGUGGACUGUAUGGGGUUGUUUGCCCACACUGAAUUUUGUAAUCUUGUAGGUUAUCCCUUUCUUCAUUUUUUCCUUUUUUUUUUUAACAGGAACAAGAGGACAAGUACACUGAACUGCCCUUGUCCUUUAAACUGUUUCAUGAAGGGCAGCUGUUGUCCUGCAAGUGGCUUGUUACCAGGGCUAAUUGCUUUUUAGAAUUACCAGGGUUUCAUACUGUCUCAUCUGAAAAAGCAAGCAGAAUGUGAGAAUGGCACUUGGUCAGUGUAAAGGGCUCUGGGAUCUUGUCUGUGACAGGGACUAAUAGCAGAUGCUGAGGGAAGAGUAUUGUGCAGUGAUACUUCUCCAGGCUAUUCCUCAGCAAUUUGUGGCUCAGGGACUUCUUCACCCAGUGGUGAUGGCUGUCAGCUUAACAGGUUCUGAUGGAAUCCUUUUCCCAUAAAAUUGCUCAGCCUCAUGUUUGGUCAAUUAUUCCUGGUUCCAAUGCCAGUAUGUGGUCAUCUUUGCAUCAUCAUUACCGUCUUGUACACACAAGAAGAUUUGUCAAUAAACUUUCUUGAUUUUCCACUUUCUUCAGUCCUUCUGCAGAGGUCAUGUUUUCUGCCUUUUGUUUGCUUUCCUUAGAAAUCUCUCCAGUUUUUGAAGUACAGUGACCAAAGUGUGGUGCAGUACUCCAGACUAACCGCAGCAGUAUGGAGUACAGAGUAAUAAUCACCUCCCAUAAAACACUGAAGCCUUCAAAUAUAUUUUAGUCCAUAUAGAAAGAAAAAUCUUUUCAGAUCUUUUACCCCUAGCUAUUAGGAUGGGAAAUGAAAAUAUUUGGUCUGAUGUAGGAGAAAUAUUUAUUCACUGUCAGCGGGAUUUGGCUGGACAAUGUUUUUCUUUGCUAACAAAACAAAAAGUUGUUAAAUCAAAAUGAUCUCCCAACAGCUGCCACCUGGUCUAACACAAACUAAAGAUGCCAAACAACACUUGUUAAAAUUUCAGCUUGACUUUUCAGAGCUUUUUUUGGUCUCUGAUGAAUAAGCAUGUAUUGCAAAAUUUAUUAUCACACAAGAAACAUGGCAGUGGAUAUAGGGAUAUCAGAGACCAAACUGAAGGCCUCUGUGGCUAAUUUUUAAAAUGCUUGGUGGUGUGCUUUAUUCAUUUUCUCAUUAUAUUUAAUUCCUUCCUGUAUAUGUUUUUAUUUUGCCACCUUGGAUUUUAAAUGUUAAAAAAUACAUUUGAUUAUUCGACUUGGAAAUUUGUGCAGAAAUCAGAUAAGUGGUAGUGGUAGUGUAAGUGUGAUAAGACAGGGUCAUAGCUAGGGGUGAAAUCUACCUCCCAUGAAUUUUGCUUUGUAGAUGGAUAAAGCAAUCUGGCUUGAGCUACAGCUGGAUAUGAAACUGUUCUCAAUGUGCUGCCUCCCCUCACACUGCCAUGGCUCAGGUUAUUGGCAGGUUAUCAGAACACAAUUGGGCUCAACAGGGUGGUGAGCGCACUGUUAGCCCACGUUACACUUUCUGAAUUGAACACAGGAUUCCGAAGAAGUGACUGCAAUUUAGUAGACAAGGAAAAAGUUUCUCUGUUAAAAGUGGCUUAUUUUAAAAGGGUUGCAUGGCACCAAAACUUGAAUACUUUCACGUGAUCAGCAUAUUUUGAUCCUUGUACCUUCUCAGCUUUAAAUCUUAAAGGCCUCAUGGACUGUGCGUUAGGGGAUGCAGUUCUAUGGCAGCUUAAAUCACUUCAUGGCCAUGAAAUCCCAGUCCUUUGUCUAGGCUGGCUUUUGUAACCACUUAGUGAUUUAGGAUAUGGAUAGGACUGAAAGCGCAUCAGUGCUUUAACUUGCAGCUGGCUUCCUCAAUCAUAAUGAGGAUGAUGCCAGUAAUUAUUUUCCUCAUUCAUUUUGAUUCCUUUUGUUGUUGUUGUUGUUGUUGUUGUUGUUGAGGCCUAGGCUGCCCAAGACCAUUUGUGUCUUAUUCCCAAAAGUUUCUAGGAACUGUUUUUGAUACUGCCAGUAAAACUGAAAUUAUUGUGCAUGAUUUUUUCUACUUACUGAUUUCACCCUUCUGGACCCUCUGGCACCCAUGGUCCUCUCCCUUUACCACCACUCUUUAAGAGGUUCAGAUUUUAAAAUAACACACAAAUUCUUUUUACAUGUAUUUGUAGCAGGAAUGUCUAGAUCUAGAGUUGUGUACUGACUUUCUCACUUGACUUGAGAACUGAAACAGAAGGUGGACACCAUAAUGGGCAGCAGAGAGUCAGAAGAGAAAUAAUAAUGUAUAGCAGCUCAAAUUUAUACCACACUCUUGGUGUACAUUGGCUCUUAUAAGUAAUUCUGGCUUACUGAAAAACAUUUUAAAGUUGCAUUUUAAAAAUAACUGCAAUUUUAGUACAAGGUGCCAAAAUAAGUGUCAUUAGUUGGCUUGAUUUGUGCUCAAAUCUUAAUAUUUAAAGAUUGCUUCCUGACCUUCACCAGCUGCAUGGAUGAGAACUGAAAAUAAUCUCAGAUUUCCAAAAGAGAGGGUGAGCAAUCCUUUCCGUUACUUUGUGCUAUUAAAGAAAGGUCCAUUCCUAAACAAACGAAAAGAGAAACAUCAGUGCUUAAUAUCUUCAGUAGCCAUUACUGACAGAGAAUCAUUCAUUUGAUCUCAAGAGAAGCACCAUAAAUGCAGGCUAUUUAUAAUGCUUGAUAUCUGUGUUUCAAUAAUAAUAAUAAUAAUAAUAAUAGGCUUUAACUGUGUUAUGGGAUAAAAGCCAGAAAUCUACAAACUGUCCUGUAGAUCUUUCAUCCAAAGGCACAGCUGGUGAAAUUUAAACAAGUUCCUGUUGGCUGUUCCUGCACUGCUCAGUAUGACAUUGUACUCCAAGUUUUUCAUGUCCCAGCGUGGGUGUUCAUGGGUGGUCUGCAGGCACCUGUGUGCUUGAGGUCUGCAAAGCUUGCAGUGAUCACGGAACAGUGCUGAGUGAAACCUAAAUGGGAACAGGAUGCUUCACAAGCAUUUUGCAUUUAUUGUCUGUCUUUCUCUAGUGCAGCAUCCUUGCCAUAUGCAAUCCCACUUGUGAACUUUUUCCUUCCCACCUUUCCUUUUCAUAAGCCACACAAACCAAUUGGGGAGGAUUUUAUAGUUUGUUUUUCACCUAUGGGGCUAUCUGUAAUGCACCAGGUAAAUCAUCCCCAACAAAAACUUAAACAUUAGUGGCCAAACUGCAAAAGAUGGGGCCUGGGCUGGAGAAGCUCUUUGGGUUUGACCACUUCUGGGAAGGGUUCUCCUGAGGUGGGUGACCACAGGAGUGCUGAGCUAGCUGCGAUGACUCUGCAGGUGUCUUUCAAAGCUCCAGUUUUUACUAGGUCUGUCCUUUUCUCCAGUGGUCUCUCUUUUCCCUUGUAGCAACUUUCAGCUCUCUUCCAGCAUUGUGUUGUCAGCUGCUGAGGAAUUUGGCCACUUUUUUCCUUCAUUUCUGAGGCCUUUGUCUAAACUUUAUGAAAUGAUAGGCUAGAGGGAAUCCACACCAAGGUGCUGCUGUGCAUUCUCAGUCAUAAACUCAUAAACAGAAGGGUUCUUAGGGCUGGUGCAAUGUCUGUCCUGACAUUCCUUCCAGGGAGCUUUGACCUACUUUUCAGCCUCCUAUUUCUUCCUGGACUUCAGAACAUUCACUUCCGGGAAUUUUCUUCCCAGGUUAAUGAUUAUUAGAUGGUAAUGCCUCGUCAGCAAGACUGCCCUCUAACACAUGUUCCUCAUUACAUGAGCCUUACUUGUUCUUUCCCACAGGAGGGUGGCACAGUCAUGGCUGAGCCUGCCUUCCCCUACACAAGGUUGCUGCUUUCAGCAGUAGGGGCUGAACACACACUCUCCAUCCGCUAUGCCAAUGUGCUCUGUCUCCACAGCUGUCUGGUCUUGAGCUCAGGAAGUGCUGGGAUCUAGCAGUUGUGCUUAAAACCUUUCCCACUGAUAAAGAGCAUGUGUUUUCAGAAUACAAGUAUUACUAAAUCUCUCUGAAUUGAACCAUUUUGAAUUUUUAUUUAGGAGCAGAAACUAAUAAUUUCUUGAUUUAAGGGGUUUGAAUGAGCUUUAUAAAUAUAUAUAUACAUAUAUACACACACACACCCCCCACUUCAUAAUGUAAAUGUGUAUUGCCAGGUAUCCCACUGCAAGGCUUGUCUAGCAAAGAGGUUGUAUUUUUCUCAUAUCAAACUAUCCAGUUGCUUACUUGAAAGGUAAACAAAAACUUGAUUCGUGCUAUCUAAAGGAAAAAGAAUUGUGUUCUACCAAGCAGACUGUGUGGAGGUAUUUCAAACCUGAUUUUACACCUCUUAUUAGAAAAGCUGCUUCACUUUGUUUUCACUUAUCAAGGCUUUGCACCUGAGCUGCUGUGAGUGCCUGUAUGCCCAUCUGCCCUGUCUUAAACAUGUAAACAAAUACAUGUUCCCCAACAUCUCCUGCUUUCUAAGUCUUAGCACUUCCCAAAACAGGACCUAAAGGCAGCAUAGAUUGCCAAGGAACCACAGGGAAGGGAAAGAAAACAAUCUUGAUAAGCUGCUGCUUAAUUGGCUAAUAAAUGAGAGCUGAAAUACAAGAGGAAAUGUUCAAAAGAACAAACUGCAGCAAGAGACUUCUGGCAAGGCUACAGAGGGAAAUCACAUGAUACAUUCUGAAGUUUGCAGACACUGGGAAGGAUCCACAAUUUCUUGUCCAUGUGGAGACAGGAAACGCUCACCAGACUGGUAGUCUCUUCUGCAGCUUUUUAAAAAAGCCUCUAUUUUAUCUACGUUUCAUUUCCACAGAAAGACUCGGUGCUGCGAUCUCUAGCUGUGUGUAAUCAAUCUCUGUAUCUCUUUAAGUUCUGUGUGAAGUCAGUCUCCUUCCUUCCACUGCACUGAAAACCCGGGUGCUUUGGCUCUGUAGGAGCCUCUCCUGCACCCGCCCUGCCAGUUGCUGAUGCUGCUUUAAACACAGUUCAUUUGAUCGGCCUCAAGGAGGUUUAGAUCAAGCAGGUCCUUAAAGCAGGUAUGAAGCCUGGGGGCUGGCUGUGUUAGGUCUCCAAGAACUCAAGUUCUGGGUUGGACAUAGGCAAUAGCGGGAAGACAUUCCUGGAUGCUGACCUUUUGUUGUAAGAGGGUUUCCUGCCUAUGAUAGUUUCCCAAACUCUUCUGUUUCUCUUUUUUGUCCUUUCGUUUACCUCCAUCCUUUUUCCCAUGGAUAUGAAUCAGGACCUAAAGUCUUUUUAACAUGUUUAAUCAUGUAAAUCUACUGUAAUGCUAACCACUUUUAAGGUCUUUUUGGUUGCUAUUAUUCCUUCAGCAUGUGUAAUAAAAUUCUGCCUCACUACUGCCUGUAUUCUUUUUUCUCUUUAUCCUGUAUCCCUGACAGUUGCCUAGGUGGAGUGAAUGUGGCUUAUCCAUCCUCCAAUUAGUAAUGAUUGGAUGGAAUAGAGAAUACUUGUACCGGGAUGCAUAAAUGCUGUAUGAGCACUUUGCUUGAUUUUUUUAUGCAGAAUUUUAUUUAUAAUUCUACUUUCAUCCUGAAGAUGAAAUUAAUUUUAAGCAAUCCUGGCAAUAGUUUCUGCAGUAUUUUUUGCUGACUCCUUAGUACAAGCACUUUAGUAAUGAGCACUGGUUACUCUUGUCUGAGUAAGUGAUGACUGAAGAAAGAAUGUUUUUCUGUGUGUCAUAUGCUUCCUGUUGCACCUUCCCAUCAUCCUUCAGAGACCUGUGUGCUGUGGCAACUGUUAGCAAAACCCCUUUUAGCAUCACCUAAAUGCCUGUGUAGGUGGGGCUUUAGGAAGAGAAUAGUGUGUCAAUUGAGGACACUGGUAGCAGGUAGAUCUUUAAUCCAGGAAGGGGCUUAGGUGCUCUGCAGGAGAUGUAUUCUACUUGUGUGUGACUCCUAAGAGACAGACUUCCUUUGUACGCUUCAAAAGUGCCAAAAGAGCGGCAACAGGACAGACUGGCUCCUUUUAUCUGGAGCUUUGUGACUCCCUCAUAAUGCUUAGACAUUUUUAUCAGAACUUAUCCAAGGCUGUGUUCUGCUGCUGUUAGGAGCUGUGGCUGAUGCACACCUCUUCCUGUAAACAUUCCCUGAUUCGGUUUUACAGUUACCAGCUGUUGACCACUCAUUUCACUUAGGUAUGACUCAGUCUCACCUAAUUCACAUCCCCAGGAAGGCAGGCUUAAAAGGUUACUGGGAAGAAGGGAAAUAAUUUCAUCAUGAAAGGCAAGAGGAAACUUGGUGAGGCAGGAGAAUUUUUUCUUAGCUUUUGAAUCUUGCUGCCAAAUUGGUUCAUAAUUCAUUGUGCAAAAGGUCUUGCUUACUGUUUGCUGUUUUCAGGUUUGUGUGUUUGUUUUCAUAUUGAAUACUGAAUAGAUUCAAUUGCUGCUGUUAGGAGAUGCCUGUCUACCAAAAGGGAUCAGUAAUGUUUUCUUUUACUUGGAGACUUUUUGAAUUCUAAAUUGCCUGUGUGUAUAUUUCAUAAUGUACCAUAUACAAAUAUUCUUCAGGAAUUGAUACUACCAUUUCAGUCAAUAUUUUCUAUGUUAGAACUGUACGUUUCCUAUACUGCCAAGAAUGUAUAUAUAUCUAUGAAGACUUAAGAUUGUAUCUUUUUGAGCAAGCCUCUUUCUUCAACCAUCUGAAACUGUCUUCCUGCUUCUCAAGUUCUCUGCUGAUUUAUUAGACCCUUGUGUUAUAUUGUGUACUUUUUGUAUCAGUUGUACUGCUGUAUUUCUUCUUUCUCUCAUUAAAACCUGUUCUUCUCA